AUGAGCAUCGCUCUGGCCAUGGUUGUGGCUAUUACCAAGGAUGUGCGGGGUAUUAUCAGUGCGUCAUCAGCCAUCAAGAAAGCAACUCGCUCCCUCCAAAAAGUCAUGUUCAGACCAAUUGUCCAACCAUUCCUCACCAGAAGAACAUUUACAUCGUCCCGUACACUCGCCGCCGCCAUGACUGACACUUCCUCUUACAAGUUCAACCACACCAUGCUGAGGGUCAAGGACCCUCAGCGAUCCGUCAAGUUCUAUGAGCUUCUCGGUAUGAAGCUCAUCAACAAGCUUGAGAACCCGGAUGCCUCGUUCGACCUCUACUUCAUGGCCUAUGACGACCCGAAGGCUGCCAACCAUGGCAAGCAUUGGACAGAUCGCGAGGGCCUCAUUGAACUCACGCACAACUAUGAAUCAGGCACUGAGAAGGACGACAACUACACUGUCAACAAUGGUAACGGCAAAGAGAACCGCGGCUUCGGGCAUGUCUGUAUCAGCGUCGACCACAUUCAGGACGCCUGCAAGCGUAUCUCCGACGCUGGCUACUCGUUCCAGAAGCGUCUCGAGGACGGCCGUAUGCGCUCAAUCGCUUUCGCUCUGGACCCCGACAACUACUGGGUAGAAAUCAUCUCCCAGAAUCCCGUCAGCGAGACCGAGGGCAAGAAGUCUGAUGUGGCCACGUACCGCAUGAACCACACAAUGAUCAGAGUCAAGGACGCUGAGAAGUCGCUCAAGUUCUACCAGGACGUCAUGGGAAUGACCCUGCAGCGUACUUCGGAGCAAAAGGAGGCUGGCUUUACUCUAUACUUCCUCAGCUACGGUCCCAAGGCUCCUGAGCAGUCUGCGAACGGUGUCAACCCCAUUGCUGACCGUGAAGGUAUACUCGAGCUCACGUGGAACCACGGCAGUGAAAGCGAUCCUAAUGUCAAGUACCACAACGGUAACGACGAGCCUCAAGGAUUCGGUCACACUUGUGUUUCUGUCGACGACUUGGAUGUUGCCUGCAAGCGCUUUGACGACAUGAAGGUCUCAUGGAAGAAGCGCCUGACAGACGGCAGAAUGAAGAACGUCGCCUUUAUCCUCGAUCCCGACAACUACUGGAUCGAGGUCAUCCAGAACGAGAAGCUUAAGAACAGAGCUAGCUGGUAAAAGAUUUUAAUGAAUAUAGUCGAAGUGGUUGCGUUUCGGAUGAUCUGGAUGGGAUAGAACGUGAAUGCAAGUAUCUGCCUUGAGAGUCUUGUUGUUGCUGAAGAUAGUAGAUGUGGCAGGAGCUGCCUUCGCCAUCUCAGUUUGAGGCAAACGACUCGCGAUGCGCCUGCCGUUGCAACUAUUAUGCUCAAAUACAAGCAUGACAGCAAGCUCGUUUGAAGGACGCUUAGCU